AUGGGUUAUGUUGGCCAUGAGAAGAGCGACAAGAACGGCAUUCUUCAUGCAGGCCAUCGUGGUCCGAUGAAGAUUCUUGAGGUUUGGAUAGAUUAUCUCGAUAACGCGAUUCUGAAUGAGAUGCGUAUCUGCGAUCAUAGAGAUCUGCAAAUGUUGGCCACUGGCAAUGACGCUUUUCGUCACACUUCUUCCGGCGCCGCCGGCCUUAAGUUCAAGUCAGAUCCCAAAUCAAUUGUACCCGAAGAUAGAUAA